AUGCAGCGAGCAUCUCCCUCGCCAGCGCGGAGCUACGAUGUCGCCAGCCCUCACCGAGCUGAUCUCGCAGAAAUCUUCAACCAAGACAGGAACUCGCCGGCGCGUCACAGGCAAAUCCUCGAGACCUCAAGACAAGAACAUACCAGAAUUCGAGAGGAGGCCGAGAGGGUGCUGCAAGAGGCUCGUCUGAAGGAGGAAAGAGACCGAGUCCUCGAACAGAGAAGAAAAGAGGAAGAGAGGAUCAAAACCGAGCAGGAAUUAGCUGCCGAGCGCGUCAGAUUAAACGAACUCAAGGCGAAAAAGGUCGAGAUUCCCCCGUUACUACCAGAUCCUGAACCACCAAAGCCAACCCCAAAGCCCACUCCACCAGCAGCUGUUCCUCCAGCCAACAAAGUCGAUGAACCAAAGCCGACUUCCGUACUCAAUGGAGCCGGUCCGUUCGGGUCAACAGCACCCACAGCACAGCCAUCAUCAGGCUUGUUUUCUGCCAAGGCGCCUCCAGCCCCGACACCAUCACCAUCACCACCAGUACCCGCAGUAGCACCAGCUGCUAAGCCAGCAAAUUCAGUCCUCGGCAUCGGAGGGUUGCUUAAUGGGACCAGCCAGACCAAUGGUACGGCUGGGACAACAGGGGCAGUACCGGCAGCAUCUCCAGUAGCUCCAACGGCUCCAGCGGUACCAACCAUCGACAGAUAUACCGUGAUCCACAAGAAUCUGAAAGGCCUGCGGAAGAUGAUGGCAGAACAGGCCAAGACCAACCGGGCCCUGAAAGAGAGAAUGGGAGAUAUGAGGAGAGAACUCAGAAAGUGUAUAGGCCAGCUUUCUGCGGGAGCUCCUGGUGUAAACCGGUCGCAGCAAACAAAAAUUACUAAUUUAUUGCGCGAGGCACUGGCGAACCAGGUUCAGUCACAGCUCAUUGACCCAUCAGACUAUGUCUUUGAGCCAAGACAACCCGUCGAAGGAGCAGCACGCAACGAGCCAGCACUGCCUUCGCUGUUCAUCUACCUCCUCAACAUCUUCAGCAAAGGCGCCAUCUCGCAGUUCAUCAACGAAGCCUCAGCGCGACCAGAGACAGCUGACCCGGUAGGCGUCUGUGUAGCCGCUACAAUCUCAGAACCGGACUUUCUCUGGCGAGGAAAAUCAAUGAUUGACAUUUUGCUGGCCAAGUUCAGGAUAGUCUGCCCAGUCCUGUUCGGCUACCGAGGAAGCGAAAAGACCGAGCAAGGGCGAGCAAGACUUGGGUGGUGGAAAGACAGCGGGCGAUGGAUUGGUGAGCAACAACACAUGGACCGGAUGACGGGUCUCGGUGCCGGGUUCGCCGCCAUCUCCCUCCGCAAGUUUGCCGCGUCCAAGAAGCAAAACCCGUAUCCGGCUCGGCAUUACUGGACCGCCAUGGCGCGUAUAGUGAACACGCCGGCGGUUGAGAUCAGCAACACGCAGUGUAUCGUCCUGAAAGCCAUGAUUGAGAACUACGAAGGGAAAUUCAUCGACGCGUACGGCAGCGCCGCGGUUGUCGCUCUGCGGACGGCCCUCGUCGAGUUCCCUGCUAGAGCGCCGACAAAGGGUGCGGCGGUCCACUCGCUCGAAGUGUUGGCUACACUACUUAAGAAGAACACCGGGUUGACAUUGGGAUAG